AAGAUGGAGUUUAUUAAAGAGGAGAUUGAAGACAUGACUGAUCCAGAACCAUCCAGAAUAAAACAUGAAGAUACUGAGGAACCGAUAGACCAGGUGGAAGUGAAAGUGCAAAGUCAAGAACUGAAAGAAGAUGAAGAGGAGGAGGAACAUAAUUCCGUUAUAACUCAAAGAGCAAAAUCCAAAAAACUGUACACCUGCACUCAGUGUGGAAAGAUUUUCCAACAAAAAGGAAACCUUGAGGCGCACAUGAGAAUUCACAAUGGUGAGAAACCAUAUGCAUGUCCUCAGUGUGGAAAGAGUUUCACACAAAAAGGAUACCUUAAGACACACUUAAUAAUGCAUUCUGGAGAGAAACCACAUGCAUGUCCUCAUUGUGAAAAGAGUUUCGUACAAAAAGGAUACCUUAAGAUACACAUGAGAACUCACACUGGAGAGAAACCGUAUACGUGCCCUCAGUGUGAAAAGAGUUUCGCACAAAAAGGAGACCUUAGAACGCACUUGAGAAUUCACACUGGAGAGAAACCGUUUACAUGCACUCAGUGUGGAAAGAGUUACACAUAUUCAUCUGAUCUCAGAAUUCAUCUGCUCCGUCACUCUGGAGAAAAACCUUUUGUCUGUGAUCAGUGUGGGAAAGAGUUUAUUUCAUCAACACAUCUAAAUAAACACCUGACUGUUCAUUCAGAUGAGACGCCUAUAUUGUGUUCUCUCUGUGGAAAGAGUUUUGCAAGGCUGGAAGGAUUUAAACGGCACCAGAAAAUGCAUAAUGAAGUGAGAGAUCAUGUGUGUUGUGACUGUGGGAAAGGGUUUACUACAUCUAGUCAUCUGAAACAGCACCGAAGAAUUCAUACUGGAGAAAAACCUUACAAGUGCUCAUAUUGUGACAAGAGAUUCACUCAGUCUGCAAACCUGAAAUCUCACGAGCGACUUCAUACUCGAGAAAAGCCGUACGUCUGUACUGUUUCACCCAAAGAAUCUAGUGACUCGUAUUAAAAAGCAUUGUUCUGUAUCACAAUGAGCAAAUGUUGUCUUCAGAUCCUAAACCUCUUAAGUAAAUCAUGUGAGAUUCACAAUCACAUAAAGUAAAUGUGUAGUUAGUUAACUAAUAAACUAAAAAUUUAUUGGAGAAAAAUAUUGAUUUGAAAUGAAAUUUUAUGUAACGUUUAUUUAAAGAAAUAUCAAAAUGACUGGAAACAAAUGUAAGAAAUAAGAAGCAAUUCCUAAAGGUUUUUUUAAUAUGUAGAUUUUUGUUUUACUUCUGUUUUUCGUUUACAUGAAACCUGCUAUUUGAUUAACAGAUGUAUUAAAAAGUCGACCCAUUUCUCUGCAAUAUAAAAGUAGUUUUUGUAUGUGUCUAUACAGUACAUGUCUGUAAGCUCUGUACAAUAACUCUAAAUAAAAUUAACAUUUCACUGA